CCCUUAAGUUACCGCUUUACUGAUAUUUGUUAAUUUGAUUCGAAUCGCUCGGCUACCCUGGCUCAUGUGUACUGCUGAGACACGUGUGGAAAUUUUUUUUUAUUAUAUUGGCAACUCUUUCCGUCAUGGAUUUACAGUCUGCCAUAUCAAAGUUAAAUGCGUAUGCUAAUAUGCCUACUCCAAUGAGGCUAAGGGACUUAAUUCGUCAAAUUCGCGCUGCACGUACUGCUGCUGAUGAGAGAGCUGUAGUUCAAAAGGAAUGUGCUUACAUUAGAUCUUUAUUUCGAGAAGAAGAUAACACUUGGAGAUGUCGUAAUGUUGCAAAGCUAUUAUAUAUUCACAUGCUUGGUUAUCAAGCCCAUUUUGGCCAGUUGGAAUGUCUGAAACUCAUUGCAUCUCCGAGGUUUACUGAUAAAAGAAUAGGCUAUCUUGGCUCAAUGUUACUUCUUGAUGAGCGGCAAGAUGUUCAUCUUCUCAUCACCAAUUCUCUUAAAAAUGAUCUAAAUAGUCAAACACAGUUUAUCAUUGGAUUAGCACUUUGUACUCUUGGCGUGAUUUGUUCUCCUGAAAUGAGUAGAGAUUUAGCUGGGGAAGUAGAAAAACUAUUAAAAACUUCAAAUGCAUACGUUAGAAAAAAAGCUGCACUAUGUGCUUUUCGUAUUAUCAAGAAAGUUCCAGAAUUGAUGGAAAUGUUCAUUCCUGCCACAAGAUCCCUUCUUUCAGAAAAAAACCAUGGUGUACUUAUAACAGCUGUAGUUCUUAUUACUGAAAUGUGUGAAAAAAGUCCAGAUGCCUUGCAUCAUUUUAAAAAACUAGUUACUAAUUUAGUUAGAGUUCUUAAAAAUUUAAUCAUGGCUGGAUACUCUCCUGAACAUGAUGUUUGUGGUGUUAGUGAUCCUUUUCUUCAGGUAAAAAUUUUGAGGCUGUUAAGGUUAUUAGGGAAAAAUGAUCCUGAUGCAAGUGAAACAAUGAAUGACAUCUUAGCUCAGGUUGCAACUAAUACUGAAACUAGUAAAAAUGUUGGAAAUGCUAUUCUCUAUGAAACAGUGCUCUCAAUAAUGGACAUUAAGUCUGAAAGUGGAUUAAGAGUACUGGGUGUCAACAUACUGGGCAGGUUUUUGUUAAAUACAGAUAAGAAUAUAAGAUAUGUUGCUCUAAACACUUUAUUAUGUACUGUGCAAGCUGAUUACAAUGCAGUUCAGAGACAUAGAAGUACAAUUGUUGAAUGUCUUAAGGACCCAGAUGUAUCAAUCAGAAAGCGUGCUAUGGAACUUUGUUUUGCAUUAGUUAAUUCAAGUAAUGUAAGAUCAAUGACCAAGGAACUCUUAGUUUUCUUAGAGAAAGGUGACCCAGAAUUUAAGUCUCAGUGCUCUUCUAAUCUUUUCAUAUCAGCCGAAAUGUAUUCACCUUCAAAACGAUGGCAUAUUGAUACUAUGAUAAAAGUUUUGACUUUGGCUGGAAAUUAUGUCAUUGAUGAUGUUGUUGGUAACCUUAUUCAACUGAUAUCAGAAUCAACCACCCUCCAUACGUAUACAGUACAACAGUUAUGGAAACAACUAAUUGGAGAUCUUGCUACUAAGCAACCUCUGGUUCAAGUUGCAUCAUGGUGCAUUGGAGAAUUUGGAGAUCUCCUGAAUUCUGCUGAGGGUCAAGAUUCUUCACCUGCUAACGUUACACCAGAUGAAAUUAUUGAUUUGUUUGAGAAAAUAACAUUAAAUAUUCAUAUGACUUUGACAACAAAAGAAUAUUCUGUUACUGCUUUGAUGAAGCUUAGUGUACGAUAUACAGAUACUGCUCCGCGGGUCAAAAGAUUUUUAGAUGUUUUUGGAACUAAUGUGAAUGUGGAACUACAACAACGGGCAAUAGAAUUUUCUUCGCUGUUUAGGAAGUUUAACCAUUUAAGGUAUUAGCCUAAUCUAUCUGUAUCCCUUUUGCAUGUUCAUAACUUAUUUUUGUACAUUAUAAUAUUUUUUCAAUGUUUCGAACAUGCUUUCCCUAUUUCUUAGGAAAGAUUUUUGAAUUGAAAAUUAAUAAAGUUGAACCUUGAAAAUCCGAACUGCUGAGGGUCAUCCUGUGACUUGAAUAAAUAAAUAAUGCCCAAUAAAUAAAUAAUACAUAACUCCA